UGUGAGAGGUACCGAGAUCAAUGCUCGGCAUCUCCAAUUCCUUUUUUCGCACUAUUCGAAAAGAAUCCGGGCCAAAUUUUUUACUUUUUCAUCGAAAUACUCAGCAAUUUCAAUCUAAACCGACUUUUAUUGUUAUUCAUUUUCAGUUUACCAUAUAUCGAGGCAACAAUUCGUGAAUCUCUUCGUCAUGAAACGCUUGUCCCGUCCGGAUUACCACAUACAGCGAUUGCAGAUACCACUUUCAUGGGCUACGACAUUCCAAAGGGCACCAUAGUAUUUUCAUCGUUGCAUGGAGUACACGUGGACGAGGAUACCUGGGAUGCACCCGAGCAAUUUAAACCAGAGCGAUUCUUAGAUGAAUCCGGAAUUUUUUCGCCCAAACUCGAUAAAUCGUUGCCAUUCGGUGCAGGGAAACGUGUUUGCGCUGGAGAAACAUUUGCCAGAAAUUCAUUGUUCCUGAUUGUAUCAGCUCUGGUGCAAAAUUUCAACAUUGAACUACCGGCCAAUGAGAAAUUGCCGGAUCCACGUGAAACGCUAUCUGGUUUUAUACGAUACCCGCCAGAUUUUCGAUUGAAAUUUUUGACGCGUUAACCAAAUCUUUUUUUUGUAAUCAACAAACUUUUAGUUAUGAAUUCAUUGAUAGAAUUAUUGUUCUUAAGAACUCUGGUUUAUUUUAUUACGUACUAUAUUAAUAUCAAAGCUGAUAAAUAAUGGUUUUUAUUGAAUAAAAUUAUGUUGAAAAUUUUUGAUAAGGCACUAGUAGUGAGUGCAUAAAUAGCCCAUGUGUUUCCAUACACAAUUUCGAAAAUUUUACGAUUAUGGUUGUUUUAUCUGUUUAAGGCACUAUUUCUAAGGCAACUUAUUUCAAUUUUGAUCUUGUAACCAUAUACGAUUCCUUUGGAAUCGUCCGCAGAUCGUUUCCUUAUAAGAGAAAUUUCGCCUGCAACUCAAAUUACGAGCAGAAAUAUCGACUGAAUGCGUCUUUAGCUGGAAAAACGCCCAGAUGUAGACGUUUAUUUUUAGCUGUGUAGAAGUAUCACUGAAUGCAUGAACAAUAUUGAAAUAGUUUGGGCUUUGUUUUGAAAACAAAAUUCCAAGUUUUAAUUUAUAUGCAAGCAAUUAAACAUAUUGUAUAUUUGUUGAUCAUCCAUUAUCAUCAAAAUCAUCCAUUUCGGUAAAGUAGAGAUUAGAUAAAUACAACAUUAGAAACAUUUGUCUUAUAAAUCAAAUGAUGAACGUAACAAAAGAACGAGAAAAAGCGAUUGAUGAAAGUAAAAAAGCUUCUGGUGAAGUUCAUUUUUGUACAUUUGAAAAGUUUUCAUUAAGAUCACUUUAACACAAGACAAAUGGAUUUCGUAACAAUUUAGUUAGAAUUAAAGGUUUUAAUAAUCAAAAGGAUAUAGUGUAGUUAUUUAGGAGUCUCAUCGAAAGAAUUUAACAACUUACUUCAAUCCAGAAAGUCAAGUGUGAAUUUCGUCUAUAUCGAAGAGCAAAAAUGUUUAUUCAAUUCACGGAAAACUUAUAUGGUUGCUCAAGCGCACGUUCAAUUAUUUUAACUGUAUAAUCUCAAUAUCCGUCAGCGUUUCCAACCAUUUUGUUCGUUGUAAGUUACGGUCAUCAACUGUGGACACCUCAGAAUCGCGUGGCAUUUGGCCAAGAUAUGGUCAUUGGAAAUGGUAAAUGAAACGGACACAAUUUUCAAACAUUAAAAUCUUUGCCGUAUUAUAUGUCAUUGGAAAGGCAUUGAUGCUAAGAAGAUGAUGAGGCAAUCAACUCGACUUGACCAGAUAUUGCUAUACUUUUUGAUGUUAACUUGUUUUGUGGUGAAAAUAAGAAGAAAAAAAGUUUUUAAAAAGACGUUUUUCUUAAAAAAAAAAAAAAAAACAAUCGAAAUCAUCACUGCGACAUGAUAUUUCGUGCAGUGUGUGUCAAUCACAUAGGAGAUUUGUACAAGAGAGAAAAGAGAAAGAGAAAGAAAAGAAACAAAAAGCCUUUUAAAUUUGAUUGAUAACAUCUGAAGAAAAAAUCGAUGCAGAUGAAAAAGAAAAUGGAGAUUUUCUUCAGCCAUUUAAGUGAUCUAUUCCUUGGCAUAGUUGAGGAAUAGGCAACGUAUAGAUUUUUGGAGUAUGAACGCAUCGUUUUUGGUUAUUAAUAAUUCCCACGCCAGAUAGAUUGAAGAUGUUAAAAAGAUUUAGCAAUAUGCAUCAUAUAUGUGUACAACUUCAAAUAGAAAAAUUACAAAUCUGUCUGUAUUUAUUGGUGAGAAGCUGACUUUACAAAGACAUCAACAUGAACGGCGUUCGUGGCACGCUUAUUUGCUUUGAAUUGAAAUAUUUGGUUUUGAUUGAUUUUUCCGCGUAAAGUAUAUUUCGACAAUCAUUCCAAGAAGUGCAACUCAUAAGAUUUUUUGUAUCGCGUCUAAACAGCACAACAAUAUUUCAUGGAAACGCUUGGACGAUAGUUUCAAAAAAAAUUUCAUUGUGUUAUCAAUUUGUUAGCAGUUCAUUCUCUUAUUGCCUAAUAAACUACCAAG